AUGAGGAGAAUUUCUCUGCGCAAUCGCAAUGGCAAUGGUAUUGUUCCCUUUCUCUCUUCCAUUUCUGGUUCGGAAUUUACAGACAGAGCUUAUUCUUCAUGCCAUUACAGUAAUGCUGUUUCUCUCUUCCAUCAAAUGGUUAGAAUGAAGCCUCUUCCUUCAGUUGUCGAUUUCUCUAAGUUGUUUAAGAAUAUGAUAAGUUUGAAGCAUUAUUCUCCUGUCCUUUCGCUUUUUCGAGAAAUGCAGCAAUUAGGUAUCCCAAUUAGUGAUUUCAUCGUGAAUAUCAUGAUUAAUAGUUAUUGCCUGAUGCAUUGUGGAUUUUCGGUGUUACCCAUUUACUUGAAGAAUGGCAUUCCGUUUAAUACCGUCACUUUUAACACUCUAAUAAGGGGAUUAUUUGCUGAAAAAAAGUUUAAAGAUGCAGUUGAAUUGUUCAAGAAGUUGGUGAGAGAGAGGAUUUGUGAGCCCAACGAAGUCAUGUAUGCAACCGUCAUGAAUGGGCUUAGCAAAAGGGGCCAUACUCAAAAAACUUUAAGUUUGCUCCGUUUAAUGGAACAGGGGAACACUAAGCCCAACAUAUAUAUCUACAACAUUGUUAUAGAUUCCCUUUGCAAAGAUAGAAACUUAGAUGCUGCUAUCACUCUUUUGAAUGAGAUGAAGAAGAGAGGCAUUCCUCCAAACAUAGUCACAUAUAGUUCAUUAAUUGAUGGUUUGUGUAGGAUUGGUCAGUGGGAAAAAGUUAAGAUUUUGAUCUCUGAGAUGGUGAACCUUAAUAUUUAUCCAGAUGUGCGCAUCUUCAACAUACUAACAGAUGGACUAUGCAAAGAAGGAAAAGUCGAAGAUGCCGAGGAAAUAAUGAAACACAUGGUCGUAAAAGGUGUAGAGCCUAAUAUAAUCACCCACACUGCGAUAAUGGAUGGAUAUUGUUUGCGUGGUCAAGUGGAUAGUGCGAGGAGAAUUUUUGAUAGCAUGAUAGAUAAGGGCAUUGAGCCUGACAUUUUUAGCUAUAACAUACUAAUAAACGGAUACUGUAAGAAAAAGAAAGUGGAUGAGGCCAUGCAAUUGUUUUGUGAAAUUUCUCAAAAGGGAUCAAAACCUGAUAUCGUUACCUACACUACUAUCUUGCAAGGUCUUUUUGAAGUUGGAAGAACAGACGAUGCAAAAAAGUUCUUUGGUGAGAUGUUAUCUUCGGGGACCGUACCUGAUUCAUACAUUCAUUGCACUUUGCUCAAUGGUUAUUUUAAGUAUGGACUUGUUGAAGAAGCUUUGUCGCUCUUUAAUAAGUUGGAAGGAAAGAGAGAAAAUACUGAUAUUAUAUUUUACAACAUUAUCAUUGGUGGAUUGUGCAAAAAUGGUAAACUUGACAAAGCUCGUGCCAUUUUUGAGAAGCUUCCUUUAAUUGGAGUGCUACCGAAUGUGAGAACAUACAAUACAAUGAUAACUGGAUUUUGUCUACAAGGGUUGUUAGAUGAAGCGAAAGAUAUGCUUAGAAAAAUGGAGGACAACGGUUGUUUUCCCGACAAUGUCACAUACAAUGUUGUUGUGCAAGGAUUUCUCAGGUGCAACAAAAUUAGUGAAAUGACAUCUUUCAUGAAGGAAAUAGCGGGAAGGGGCUUCUCAUUUGAUGCAACUACAACUAGUUUUUUGAUAAAUGUUAUAAGAGAUAAUCCUUCCGUCCUUGAAAUCAUACCAGAACUUCAAUUAGAAAACAAGAAGUGAUCGCUUGGUUCAUUCGGUUACUCUAUGGCUGUAAUAUAAUUUCCUUUUAUCCCUACAAAAGAAAUAGCAACCAAUGCAAUUGCAGAAGCUGAUGGCAAUUAGAAUGUUGCUCGAGUUUUUUAGGCAGACCUAUUGAGGAGGUACUUCACUUUUGAUAUUUUGAGUUAUUUAUAAACUCUUCUUAAUCAAAUGUGAUUGCACUCUUAAUAUGAGAAAAAAUGGUGACUAUACGGAUUUAAAAUAAUAAUAAUUAAAUGGUGAGUGUCCUCAUGUGUACACGUUAUAAGUGUAGUAAUAUCAUUUUUUUCAGUGCUAUUUAGUUAUCUUCAGGUAUUUUUUGGAUAGAAGCACAAAGAAUUAAAGAAUGGUGGUGUUGUGUAACUUAUGUGGGAAGACCAGAUUAUAUACUAGCUUGCAAGCUGAAACUACUGAAAGUCAAGCUGAAAGAAUGGAGCAAAACACUUCAUGCCAACCUUGGUUUGCAAAAAAUGUGUACUCUCAACAAACUAGCUGAUCUAGAUUUGAUUUAAGAUCAAAGAGCACUUUCUGAUGAUGAGUCCUACUUGAGAGCAGUACCGACAGUGGAGUUGGAGGAAAUUGCCAAGAAGGAGGAAGUGGCUUGGAGGCAAACAUCUAGGGCCCUUUGGCUCAAGGAAGGGGGCAGGAAUUCAAAAUAUUUCCAUAGGAUUGCUAACUGUCUCAAGAGGUACAACAACAUUGACCAAGUAACCAUAAAUGUAGCCAAUGUUACUGAACCAGAUGGGAUCCAAGAUGAAAUAAUUAGUUUCUACCUGAUACUAUAUACUGAAACAGAAGUAUGGAGACCUCAGUUCAAUUCUAGAUUCCAACUUAUGGUCAGUGGAGAGGAUAAUAUAGCUUUGCAAGGUCAAUUUGAAGGACAGGAAAUCAAAGACAGUGUGUUCUCGUGUGCAAGGGACAAGGCCCCAGGCCCUGGUGGUUUCUCAAUGGCCUUUUACAUACAGUGCUGGGAUGUGAUUAAGGAGGAAGUGGUAGCUGCCAUCCAGAAUUUCCAUGAUCAGGGCUAUUUUGAAAAAAGUUUUAAUGCUAUCUUCAUAGCCCUGAUCCCCAAGAAAGUGGGAACAUCUGAAUUGAAAGAUUUUAGGCCAAUAAGCUUGAUUGGGAGCUUCUACAAAAUCAUAUCAAAGAUCCUAACAGAAAGACUCAAGAGGGUUAUACCAAAGUUAGUUGAUGACCAACAAAUGGCCUUCAUAAUGAGUAGGCAAAUUAUGGAUGCCAUUCUGGUGGCCAAUGAAUGUGUAGAUGUGAGAAACAGAUCCAAUGUUCCAGGAAUUCUUUGUAAGCUAGAUAUAGAGAAAGCUUAUGAUCAUUUGAAUUGGGAAUAUUUGUGGAGUACACUCAGGAGGAUGGGGGUUUGGAAAUACAUGGAUAAAAUGGAUGAGGUUUUGCAUGACCACAGUGAAGUUCUCUGUUUUGAUAAUUGAUGGAUAUUGUUUGCAUGGUCAAGUGGAUAGUGCGAGGAGAAUUUUUGAUAUCAUGAUUGAUAUGGGCAUUGAGCCUAACGUUAUUAGCUAUAACAUACUAAUAAAUGGAUACUGUAAGAAAAAGAAAGUGGAUGAGGCCAUGCAAUUGUUUUGUGAAAUUUCUCAAAAGGGAUCAAAACCUAAUACUGUUACCUACAAUACUAUCUUGCAAGGUCUUUUUGAAGUUGGAAGAAUAGGCGAUGCAAAAAGAUUCUUUGCUGAGAUGCUAUCUGCAGGGCCCAUACCUAAUUUGUACAUUCAUUGCACUUUGCUCAAUGGUUAUUUUAAAUACGGGCUUGUUGAAGAAGCUUUGUCGCUCUUUGAUAAGUUGGAAGGAAAGAGAGAAAAUACUGAUAUUAUAUUUUACAAUUUUAUCAUUGGUGGAUUGUGCAAAAAUGGUAAACGCGACAAAGCUCGUGCCAUUUUUGAUAAGCUUCAUUUAAUUGGAGCACUACCGAAUGUGAGGACAUACAAUAAUAUGAUAAAUGGAUUUUGUGUCGAAGAUUUGUUAGAUGAAGCUAAUGAUAUGCUAAGAAAAAUGGAGGAGGACGGUUAUUUGCCAAACGACUUCACUUACAAUGUCCUUGUGUGGGAAUUUCUCAGGUGUAGGAAAAUUACUGAAAUGACAUCUUUUAUGAAGGAAAUGACUGGUAGGGGUUUCUUAUUUGAUGCAACUACAACUGAGUUAUUGGUAAACAUUCUAAGGGAGAAUCUAUCCGUCCUUGACACGAUACUAGAGCUUCACACCAAAAUUAUGAAGUGAAUAUUUCUUUCACCUGAUUUCUUCGGCUACACUAUCACUGUGAUACAAUUUCCUUUUAGCACUGCAAAAGAAAUGGUUUCUAAUGCAGUUGUUGAAGCAGAAAAAAUGGCAAUUAGAAUGUCGCUUGAGCUUUGCAGGCAGGCAAGCUUUCAACACAUCAUUCCAACAUAUUUUAUUGAAAGCCGCGGUGAAGUGACCCAGUCUCUUUGUCGUUUAGGCAUGAUAACCUCGUCAGGCACAUUCCGAUAAUUGAUCAGGCCGGGAUGGUAAUGGUAUCCAUCGAAGAUGUUAUCUAUGGUGUUGCACGUGAGAGCAUAGUGUAAUGACCCGCUACUUGAUCAUUUUUAAGGAGGAAGAAUCUAGAGUCAUGGAGAGGUUAAAAGUCCGAGUCCGUAACAAUAGGGACAAGUGAUGUUAUCUAUGAUGUUGCAAGAAAGUGACAGCAUGUUUGGUUCUUUGAAAGAGUUGGGACAAUUUGGCAGAUUGAAGUCUUGUGUGUGUGUGACCAAUUUUGUAUAUGAAACAAAAUUUACGAUUGUAUUUACAUGAUGGACCUCAUACAACUUCAAGACGUAAGUUUAUGAUUAUAACAUCAUGUAACCGUUAUGUAAACUAUGUUGAAAUAUUUUUUGAAAUUUAUGAUCUUAAAUGACGCAUGAGAUGUUUGGAA